UGAAAAUCGCCACAAAACAGCUACAUUGUUAACUCUGUUCAAAAGGAAAACAAUAAAAAUAUUUGUUCUGAAACGAAGGCUGAUGUUUUUAAGGGCAGUGGUUUUUCACCCCACAAAAACGUUAAGAAUUUUUCUACACUUCCAACAAGAGAUAACAAAAGUAUUAAAGGACAAUUAUAAUUCUUCAGUUCGAAAAGAAAUCAUACGAUUUAUUAUUUAAGAUAUAAACAAGUGGAAAACUAAUUAAUCUAAAGUCAAAACAAAUGACAAGUGAAGCCCCUCAAGUGGGGCAAUCAGCCUCUGCCUUGGCCGGUAGCAGUAGUACCUCAUCUUCGAUCAAUUCAUCAACGCCCUCUUUAUCAGAACUUUAUGCUCAGACUGAUUUUUAUAUUGGAGUCGGUUUGGCUAUUAGUUCGUGUUUCUUUAUUGGAUCGAGUUUUAUUAUUAAGAAAAAAGCACUAAUACGUCUUAAUCGUCAUGGUGAAGUAAGAGCAUCUGCUGGCGGAUUUGGUUAUCUUAAAGAGUGGAUAUGGUGGGCUGGUUUAUUAACAAUGGGUCUGGGUGAAGCUGCCAAUUUCGCAGCAUAUGCUUUUGCUCCCGCCUCACUUGUAACUCCGUUAGGCGCUUUAAGCGUUAUAAUCUCUGCAGUAAUGGCUUCCAGAUUUCUCAAUGAAAAACUAAAUUUACUUGGUAAAUUGGGUUGUUUUUUGUGUAUUAUUGGUUCUACGAUUAUUGUUCUACAUUCGCCCAAGGAGAAAGAAAUUGAAGAUUUAGAAAUACUAUUUGAAAAACUUCAAGAUCCCGGUUUCAUAUUGUAUGUCAUUGUAAUAAUUGGUUCCACCAUAUUUGUAGCCUGUUUUAUAGCACCUCGUCAUGGUCAUUCAAAUGUUGUCAUCUAUAUAUUUUUAUGUUCGGGCAUUGGUUCACUGACGGUUAUGUCCUGCAAGGCUUUAGGUUUAGCCAUACGUGACACUAUAGCUGGAAAAAAUGAUUUUGCCACUUGGAUGCCCUGGUUUUUGAUAUUGAUAACCGUGACUUUUAUAGCCAUACAAAUGAAUUACUUAAAUAAGGCAUUGGAUAUAUUUAAUACGGGUAUCGUAACACCCAUUUAUUAUGUCAUGUUUACCACGUUGGUUAUAACCGCUUCGGCUAUACUCUUUAAAGAAUUUAGUCAUAUGCGUUUCGAAGAUAUAUUGGGUGAUAUUUGUGGUUUUUUGGUAGUAAUAAGCGCCGUAUUUAUGUUAAAUGCCUUCAAGGAUCUGGAUAUAUCCCUUAAUGAUGUCCGUGGUAUAAUGCGUCCGAAAAUGCAAAGACUUAAUCAAUUUGACGAAGAAGUUUUGGUAACGGAUGAUUCCAAAGAACGACGUUUCUCUUAUGGUUCGGGUGACAUUUACCGCAAGGCAUGACAUAAGCAACGUUAUCAAGUUUAAUAUAUGUUUUAAUAACUUGAUAAUGUAAUACCUUUAGUGUACCCUUAUUUAUUUGUAAUUUUAAUUUUCAUUUAUGAAAAACUGUUUUAUUUUAUUUUUUUGUUAUUGAAUGUGUUUAUGUGAAAACAUGAAUUCAAAAUUUUGUGUUGGACUUUUGUCCUUAACUCCAAAUAUUAACUAAAUUUAUAGUUAUAAGUUAGUCUAUAAGAAAUCAAAAAGAAGUUUUGAACAAAUAAAUACACAGUUUUUGUGAGAUGUAGUUUCCCAAAAAAAAAAUCACUAAA